GAUCGGAUCUCCGUCUUGACUCUCUCUCUCUCUCUCUCUCUCUCUCUCUCUCUGUGUCUGAAAUGUCAAGUAGGCUUCGAUUAGAUGCGUUUGUUUCCGCGAUUGUUCCGGUGCACCCUCACGAGAUUCCGGUCUUGCUCCAUUCUUCCUCCUGCUUCUUCUUCAUUUUGAGCGCGUAUUUUGUUGUACUCCCAUUGCGCGACGAAGGGGCAAUAUCUCUGGGCUUGUCGAAGCUUCCAGGCCUGUUCGUUGGAUCCCUAGUGCUCACGUUGAUCGCUGCUCCUGUGUCCACCUUGAUCUUUUCUCUACCCAAUUUGUCCAAAUCCAAGGCUUUGGUUCUUAUACACAGAUUCUUCAGUCUAUCUCUUGUGCUGUUUUUCAUUCUCUGGCGCUUCUCCCCAACAGAGAUUGUAUCGUCUAAUUCAAAGGACGCAGUCGCCUCAGCAUCCGGACUAAAGAAAGACCUGAAAACUGGCGCUGAUGGAACUAGCUCUGCGGAUGGAUGGGAAAACCAUGGUUGGUUUUACAUUUCAGUCCGAGUUGGAUUUUUCCUUUGGGUUGCAUUGCUUAAUCUUGUGGCUAUUUCUUCAACAUGGGCUAGAAUAAUUGAUGUGAUGGACAACGAGUCAGGUUCAAGAUUGUUUGGCUUUGUUGGUGCUGGUGCUACCCUUGGUCAGCUUUUUGGCUCAGUGUUUGCUGCUGUAACGGCUUGGCUGGGUCCAUUUUUACUUCUCUUUGCUGCUCUUUUGAUGGAGUUCGCUGCACAAUCUUCAAAAGGGAUCACCAGAGAUAUUACAUAUUCCCCUGAGGAGUUAUCUCCCCUAAGGAAAACCGAUGAUGAACACAAAAGUGAAGCAAAUGAGCUGGAGGUUUCUUGUCCAAAGGUUCCUACCUCCGAUGCCAAACCUCAGUUUUGGGCCAUCUUCGACGGAAUGAGGCUUAUUUUGGCAUCCACUUAUCUCUUACACAUGUCUUUGUUCCUCUGGCUCAGUGCAGUCAUCUCGUCAUUCUUCUAUUUCCAAAAAGUGAAUAUAAUCGCUAUGACGAUCAAAACGUCCAUUGGACGAAGAAGGCUGUUCGCCCAGAUAAAUAGCUUCAUUGCAGUUUUCAUACUAGUUGGACAACUCACUCUAACGGGUAGGAUCUUGACCGUUGCUGGUAUAACGGUAGCCAUAUCUGCAUCUCCAUUUGUUGCUCUGGGGAAUUUGGUUGCUCUUGCAGUAUGGCCAUCUUGGGUGACAGUUGCUGUGUCUGAAACACUCAGAAAGGUGACAACUUAUGUCGUGACUAGACCCGGAAGGGAGCUCCUGUUCACUGUGGUAUCGCAAGACGAGAAAUACAAAGCAAAGGUUUGCAUAGAUGUUGUAGUCCAACGGCUGGGAGAUGCAGCGGCUGCGGGACUAUAUGAACUGCUUUCCAGCACUCUUCGCGAUCAAACAUCAACCUCUUCGCUCUAUGCCGUACCUGUCUGUUUAAUAUGGAUAAUCACUGCAUUCUUCUUGGGCCGGCGCCAAGAACAACUGGCAAAGCUCCAGUUAAUGCUCAUACAAAGUCAAAAGAGCUGCUCAAGGCCAACCCAGAAGAAGGAUUACAAGGUGCCAUAACUCCACCAAGACUGCAGAAUAUAUGCUUCUGCAGACAUUGAUAGCUAGGCCCGGGAUUGUACAUUGUGAAUUCGUUCUUUUAUAAGCGUCGGGAUUGUAUACCGUGGAAUACACUUCUUUUAUUGCGAUUUGCAGAGAAUAAAGAACUGAUCAUUGUUACCA